AUGCGCUUCCUCACUUACGUGCUCACAGUUCUGGUGGUAUUUGGUUUAGACACUGCUAUAUCAACAAUCGCAGGCGACGAAAAGGCUAGCGGAGCUGCCGGCAGCACGCCCUCUGCCAUUUAUCGCACAAACGUGACCCUGCCCGUCGCGUCAAGGACUGGGAUGCCUCACGACGAUGCCGCAGUCGAGACAGACUAUGAAGGCCAGCAUGAUGGGGAGGAGAGAUUGGAGGCGGCGCAAGCUGUCGAAGCUGUCGAAGCCGUCGGUCGCGUCGAAGCUUUCUCCGGAUUGAACCAGGACAUAAACCAUCUCGCCGCAGAAUUCUGGUCCCAUCAUGGAGCGGAUGAUGCCAUCACCAGUAUCGCCUCCCACAUUUCAGAGAGCGAGACCAUUGCCGCACAGAAGAUCGUGGACGAGGCGGCCGAUAAAAGGGUAAGCGACCAAUUCGAGAAUAUGCAGAACGAGGGGGGUAACAGGGACUACGAGAGCAUGGCUGCGUCUCUUUUACGCACGGACUUUAAUGAACUAGAACGUGAAGCCGAGGUUAAAGGUCUGGUCAAGGCAGUGCUCAAUCACCGUAAAGAUCCCGACAUGACCACCCACGCCGAUUCCAUACACAGGGAGCUGGUCUACAGGUUUGAAGAUUCAUAUGAGUCUGCACUGCACGAUGUUUGGCUCGAAGCGGGGAUGACGCCGAAAGAGCUUGCUGAGAUGAUUUUCAUUCAAGCGCACCCCGAGGUUGCGAACGGCCAUGGACACCGCCUAGGGUAA